UUUGUUACAUAACACAAGUUUCCUGUUCUACUUAAGCAGAGUGCAGGGGAGUAGUGAGAAAGCUGCAUCAACCAGAGGAACAAGAUGGCUUCUUCUCUCCUCCCACCAAGAGUCAAGGAAAUCAGGAAAAUCUGGGAUGAAUGGAACAUCAGAGGGAUUAUCCUCUUCAGUCUCUCCUUGCAAGCCCUCCUCAUUCUCUUCGCUCCGUACAGAAAAGCCACCAAAAAAACCUUCGUCAUCUGUCUUAUCUGGUAUGGUUACCUGCUCGCUGAUUGGGCUGCCAAUUUCGCCGUCGGUCUCAUCUCAGACAGCCAAAGUGGUCGAGCGCACCCUAAAACUCCAGAAAACAGCGAUCUCUUAGCAUUUUGGGCUCCCUUUCUCCUUCUCCACCUCGGCGGCCCCGACACAAUCACUGCUCUGGCUCUUGAAGAUAACGAGCUCUGGCUCAGGCAUAUGCUUGGUUUGAUAUCCCAAGCCGUUGCUGCUCUUUAUGUCUUCGCCCAAUCGCUUCCCAAUAACAGGCUGUGGAUGCCUACCAUGUUCAUGUUCAUCGCAGGAGUCAUCAAGUACGGCGAACGGACGCGCGCUUUGUUUCUGGCUAGCCUCGACAGGUUUCGAGACUCUAUGCUCAGUGAACCGGAUCCGGGUCCCAACUACGCCAAGCUUAUGGAAGAAUACGCUUCCAAGAGAGAGGCCAAACUCGCAACACAAAUCAUAUACAUACCGGAGCCCGUUAAAGAAACCAGGGGUGUUGAGAAGACUAUUCAGCUAAACGACGUCCAAGUGGUACAGAAGGCUUAUAAGUACUUCAAAACAUUCAAGGGGCUCGUUGUGGAUCUCAUCUUCAGCUUCCGGGAGCGCAAUGAGAGUAGAGAUUUCUUCCGGAGAUUGAAACCAGAAACUGCUUUGAGGGUAAUCGAGGUUGAGCUCAAUUUUAUUUAUGAAAUCAUGUUCACCAAGGUCCAGGUUGUGCAAUCAAUGAUCGGAUAUAUUUUUCGGGCUCUUGCUCUUGGGGCAAUUUUGUCAUCACUUGGAGUAUUCUUCUACAUGGUAAAUAAAAAGGGGUUUAACAGAGUUGACGUGGGAAUCACAUAUACUUUACUCCUGGGUGCUAUAGCCCUGGAUUUUAUAGCUCUGUUCAUGCUCGUUUUCUCAGACUGGACUGUUGCAACUCUAGAGAUACCUAACGACUACGACUUUGAUGAUGACAGUGUUGAAACAUCAGUCAAUAACCGAAAAAAAGAACCAUGGCGUUUGAAGUUGAAACGCCGGUUGGUUUCUAUAUUCGGUGUCUUUCUCAAAUACAAAAGACCCAUCUGGCACCAUACCAAAUGUAUGGAAGAGGAUAAGGGCCAGCAUUAUCAUCAUGUGAUUGCUACACCCAUUCCGUUCCGCCGGUGGUCAGGAUCCAUCUCCGGAUACAACUUGAUUAGGUAUUGCCUUGCAGGUCGUCCUAAAGCAAUCCAUGACUUCACGGGUUGGACUCGCGUCUAUGUUCAAAAGAUCACCGAAUGGACUGGCCUUGAUUUUCUCUCCAACCACGUGGGUAAAUUCUAUGAUGAACACAUCUACAAGCCUGCCAUAGGAUUUGUGAAAGACACUGCUUCUUAUCUGGAACUCAUCUCCGAACCGGUCAGUAACUUAGUGAAUUAUAUCGGUCUCAAGUUCAGGCGUUGGACGGCUCAAAGGCCGUUGAGGGCUUGGAUAGCUAGUAAAAUCAGCGAAACCAUUCUAUAUAUUUGGAGUCUUCCUUGGAACCUCAUUGAUCUAUUUGGGCUUCGGAAUAUCUUGGAUUCGCUCAGAUAUGUUUCCAGCGAUCGGUUCACGUUUGAGCUGUGGAGAUUCAUCUUCACUGAGCUGAAACAAAAGUCUGACUACGCAGAUGAUCCGGAAACCGCCAAGAGGAUCUCCGCUGCCAGAGGCGACUGGAUUCUAACGGACAGCGAUUCGAACAAUAGUACUGGACGAAGAGAAUUGAUGCGACAUAAAUUCACUAGUGCUACUCCUACUAAUCAACAGACCAACCACAAUUCCGGGUCCGGAUGUUGCCCCAAAAAUGAAAAAAGCGAUGAAAAGUGGAAAGAGAGGGAUUUCGAUGAGUAUGAUUAUCGUGAAUUCAGUAAGAUGCUUUCUGAUUACAUGAUAUAUCUUCUAAUCAUGCAGCCUACGAUGAUGUCGGCAGUUGCUGGAAUUGGAAAAAUUAGAUUCCGAGACACUUGUGCAGAGGCCAGGAGGUUCUUCACCCGAAGGCGUUUGGGAGCAAAGGACCAAGAGAAGGCCUGUGACCAGAUUCUGGGUGUCAAUACAGAUGUUGAGCCGGUGCAUGUGAAGGGAGACAGGAGCAAGUCUGUGCUGUUUGAUGCCUGUAUCUUGGCCAAAAAGCUCAAGGAGUUGGAGAAGGAGGGGAAAGAGAAGAAAUGGAAGCUGCUGAGCAGAAUGUGGGUGGAACUAAUGUCAUAUGCUGCCGCCCAUUGCAGGGCAAAUACUCAUGCCCAGCAGCUGAGCAAAGGAGGAGAGCUCAUCACCUUUGUUUGGUUGCUGAUGGCUCACUUUGGGCUUGGAGAGCAGUUCCAGAUCAACGAGGGGCAUGCUAGAGCAAAAUUGGUUGUGGGUAAGUAAUAGAUCAAUUGGAGCACAAGUGUGAUCUUCUGCUUUGUUAUCUUGUUUUUCGAUUGAAGAUCUUAGUUUCUUCUUUUUCCCCGGGUGUUCUAGAUUUUAUAUUACUCCCGGUAAUUGUGUGGUUUACUUGUUGGUUUGAAGGAAUAGAUAGAUUAUGUUUUU